AUGCCUGCAGCCUUCCUGCCAGGUGAAAAGGGUGCAAGCCUCACUGACAACCUGCCAGCUGAGUCCAGCCCUCCAGAGCAGCUGCAGUGGCCCAUGGCCUACCCUCCUCCGCAAGCCCCUCGGAUACAGGAGCUGAGCGAAAAAGCAUGUGUUUACAGGGACAGGAAGGAGUGGGCAGAUAUUGAACCCGUACCUCAAAACGAUGGACCAAAUCCUGUGGUUCAGAUCAUCUACAGUGAAAAAUUUCGAGAUGUGUAUGAUUACUUCCGGGCUGUUCUGCAACGAGAUGAAAGAAGCGAAAGAGCUUUCAAGCUCACUGCAGAUGCCAUUGAGUUAAAUGCUGCCAACUACACAGUAUGGCAUUUCCGAAGGGUCCUCUUGCAGUCUUUGGGAAAGGAUCUCCACGAGGAACUUAAGUAUAUUACAGCUAUUAUUGAAGAUCAGCCAAAGAACUACCAAGUCUGGCAUCACAGACGGGUAUUGGUAGAAUGGCUGCAGGAUCCAUCUCAAGAGCUUGAGUUUAUAGCUGACAUUCUUAACCAAGAUGCCAAGAAUUACCAUGCCUGGCAGCACAGACAGUGGGUUAUUCAGGAGUUCAAGUUGUGGGAUAAUGAACUGGAAUAUGUAGACCAGCUUCUGAGGGAGGAUGUGAGAAACAACUCUGUUUGGAACCAAAGACACUUUGUAAUUUUCAACACCACCGGCUAUGAUGAUCCAGCAGUCCUAGACAGAGAAGUCCAAUACACCCUUGAGAUGAUCAAAGCAGUACCACAUAAUGAGAGUGCUUGGAACUAUUUAAAAGGGAUUCUUCAGGAUCGAGGUCUUUCGAAAUACCCAAACCUAUUAGAGCAGCUGUUGGAUUUACAACCCAGCCACAGCUCACCCUAUCUGAUUGCCUUUCUUGUGGACAUCUAUGAAGAUAUGCUCGAAAACCAGUGUGAUAACAAGGAAGAAACACUAAAUAAGGCAUUAGAGUUGUGUGAAAUUCUGGCUAAAGAAAAGGACACCAUCCGAAAGGAAUACUGGAGAUAUAUUGGAAGGUCCCUUAAGAACAAGCAUAGCUCAGGCACUGAACAGAGCACAGCAACAGAUAAGCAGCAGUAACUGAACGUAGAAGAAAAGUGUUAAGCUCUCAAGUUACAACAGUGUAAAAUGCUAUGUAGUUUUCCCUGACUAUGAAGUAUUGUAAUGAAAGCAGUGAGAAGUUCUGAGUAGUCUCUUGGGUCACUGCUGCUACUGGUAAUGGCUGUUGGUGCAGCAAAGAAGCUUAUUAAGGCUUAAUAAUUAUCGAAAUGUA